AUGAAAAAAGGCUGUACAUUUUGCAGUAUAAUCAACGAACCGGAAAUACAGAAAGUAUACGAAGAUGAUACAAAUGUGAUAAUUGAAGACAUCCGGCCAGCAGCUGAUCUUCAUCUCCUAGUUUUGCCAAGAGAGCAUAUUCGAGACAUCACGACUGUCGAUGAUGCGAAAACACUCGACAGUUUGUUAUUAACAGCAAAAGCGCAUCUAGCGGACUUUGAAAAAAUGGAGAAGCAUGUUGGCUUUCAUCAGCCUCCUUUCAAUUCCCAGUACCAUUUACACAUGCACAUUGUGUCCGGCAAAAUGAAUGCCAAGCAAAGAAAAAGGAUUCUUAACCCAGGAUGGACCGAUAUAGAAAAAGCGUACGAACUGAUUGAUUUCUUGGAUCUUUCUUCAAAAGCACGUGCUCCAGCAUCAAUGAAUCUUCCGAAUCCUUCUGAACUGAAUAUUCCACCUCCACCUUCAAAGUGUUCUUCACCUCCUCCUUCAUCAUAA